AUGGCCGCUUCUCUCCGCCUGGUCGUCACCAUCACCGCCAUCCUCCUCUCCAACAUCGUCUCAGCCGUUCGCGUCACUUCCGGAUCGCCCUGUGCAGGCGUAUGUCUCAACCCCUCGGAUCCGGCCUCGGCCGCUACGAGAGGGAGCGACAUGGCCUGUGAGGACGUCCAUUUCCGCAGCCGAACCGCUGGUCAGGCCCUUGCCCGCUGCCUCACCUGCCUCGAGACAAGCGGCUAUGCUCAGGGUGAUGACAGUGACCAGAAGGCGUUCCUCUACAACCUUCGGUACACACUGAGCUACUGCGUCUUCGGCCUCCCCAACGCCACUGCCCAGGUCGCGUCAAACCCGUGCAUCACGUCCGAGGCGUGCGGCCGUUUGAGUCGCGCGCUGGGGAGCGGCAUCACGGCGCCAGUCAAGGAGAACGAUUACGCCUACUGUGAUGUUGACAGCGGUGUCGUUCGUGGCCCUUACCUUGAGAGCUGUCGCCAGUGUCUCAGAGCUGGCGGCAACCGCAAUUACCUCUCCAACUUUCUCAUUGCCCUCGAUGCAGGGUGCAGGCAGAUGCCGUCGGGCGGGCUCGUCAUCGGCCUCAGCUCAUCCGUCUUCGCCAACUCAACGGUCGAAAUAACCCAACCUACGGCCCCCGCCCCCGCCGGACAGCGGCCGUCGUCGGACGGCCCGCCUCUCAGCGUGGGCGCCAUCAUCGGAAUCGUGUUCGGCAGCCUCGCCUUUGUCCUCUUGCUGGCAGCAUGUGUCUUGGUGUUCCUGCGAAAGUGCAAGAGCUGCGCGGCCAAGCGAAGCGGACUUUCGGUUCGGCUCCGAAGAAUCCUCUUGGGCCCUGAUCGUCGCGGCGAUGGGACCGUUGCCGUCCAAAGCACGGAGCGAGCUGGGCAAGUCUGCCAUGAGCGGUGCAUUGUUGACGAAAAGUCACCUUACUUGGGCCAUGACGACGGUUGUCCUUUCGCAACCCCCCAGUCUGUCGCCGCGUACUGGCCACCGCCCCCGACUCCGACAUCAAACCAGAGGGGCGAAGGUGUGAAACCUGCAGCCAUCGUCACGACUGUUCCUGCCUACGCCGCCCCCUUGGUCCCUGUCACAACUCCAGCUCCAUGCAACUCUCCUGACGGCAACACGCCUCCGUUGUCGACCAUCUCGACCACAUCCCACGCACCUCUACUUAAAAGUCCGCGGCACCAGCCAUAA